ACAUGUAUGCGUGUUUAAAGGAGAGUCUAGGCUUCCGAAGAUCCAAGAAAAUGUGCGUUCUGCUAUUGGAGGAAACAUGUCUCUGUUCUGUCUUGGAUUCGGAAAUAAUGUGGAUUACUCCUUCCUGGAUGUGAUGAGCAGACAAAACAAAGGACUGGCCCGAAGAAUUUUUGAGGGUUCAGAUGCAACACUUCAACUACAGGGUUUCUAUGAGGAGGUGUCCAGCCCUCUGCUCUUGGACGUGGACCUGCAUUAUCCUGACAACGCAGUGGACCACUUGACCAAAAACCACUAUAGCCAGUUGUUUAACGGCUCAGAGAUUGUGGUGUCUGGUCGGCUGAUAAACGACGACCCCGAUAACUUCUUGGUGGAAGUGUUCGCUAAGGGGCCUGAAACAGACUUCAGGGCACAGGGAAAGGCCAGUAUGGUAAACUUGGAAGUGAGCUACCCAGAACAAGAGUACAUCUUUGGGAAUUUCUCAGAACGUCUGUGGGCCUACCUCACCAUCCAACAACUACUGGCAAAGAGUGACAUUGGUACUCAGCAGGAGAAAGACGCUGCGACAGCCAAGGCCUUGGACAUGGCUCUGCGAUACAGCUUCGUCACCCCCCUCACCUCCAUGGUGGUCACCAAGCCUGAAACAGAGGAUGGACCAGACAGCCCUCUCAUUGCAGAUAAACUGACUGAGGUCCAGCGACAGAGAGCAGAGAGACAUGGCCAUCCAAAAACGGCACAAGGACACAGACAGAUUAGUUCUUCAGCCAGUCUGCCAUUCCGUGGACAAUCAAAUAACCAGCAAAUAAACGCGUGGAAAUGUGAGUGA